AGUGUGACUGGCGGGGAGGGUAGGUCUGGCUGUGCGCGCAUGCGCAUGGCCUGCGAGAGGGGGAGCGUGCGGUUGAAGCGGACGCCAUCGGGACGAGGUAGCGACAAUGUUGAAGGGGUAGGCCUCGGCCUCACCUUACACGUCACAGCGCGCCCGUACACAGCAAACUGAACGGGGGCCCCCUCACCGACGGCCGGGCCCGGCGGCACUUCAAAGACACAAACCAGAAAAGAGAGAGAUCAAGAAAGAGAAAAGCGAUGGACGUGGAUAUGGACUUAGAUCAGGACCUGAUGCAGAAAUUUAGCUGCAUGGGAACCACCGACAAGGAUGUGCUCAUCUCCGAGUUUCAGAGGCUGCUAGGCUUCCAGCUCAACCCGGCCGGCUGUGCGUUCUUCCUGGACAUGACCAAUUGGAAUUUGCAGGCUGCCAUUGGUGCUUAUUAUGACUUUGAGAGCCCAAAUAUAAAUGCACCUUCUAUGUCAUUUGUAGAAGAUGUUACAAUAGGAGAAGGAGAGUCUGUUCCACCUGACACCCAGUUCACCAAAACAUGGAGGAUACAGAACACAGGCACAGAGCAAUGGCCUCCAGGUGUGUCCUUAAAAUACGUGGGAGGUGACCAAUUUGGGCACGUUAACAUGGUGAUGGUCCGGUCACUGGAACCUCAGGAAGUUACUGAUGUCAGCGUUCAAAUGCGAAGUCCAACGACACCAGCAAUGUACCAAGGACAGUGGCGUAUGUGUACAGCUACUGGACUUUACUUUGGAGAUGUGAUUUGGGUGAUUCUGAGUGUUGAAAUCGGAGGCCUUUUAGGAGUUACGCAGCAGCUUUCUUCAUUUGAAACAGAAUUUUCUUCACAACCCUGUCGCAAGAUUGAAGGCAAUUUUAACCCUUUCGCUUCACCACAGAAAAACCGGCAAUCUGAAGACAACAAUGUGAAGGACCCCGGGGGCCAAAGUACAAAUCCAAUUAGUAAAAAUUCAUGGGGCCCAACUGAAGACCAAAAUGAACAAGAUCAAAAUGGACUGUCGCAGAACUCUGUAAAUAUCUCCCCUAACAGUCACUCUAGCAACUUAUCUGUGGUGACUUACAGUCAGAUGUUGGGGGAAGCACAAAUGACUGAAGUAGUUCAAGAAUGGAACAUAUCUGCAAAAUUUGAGGCAGAUUUGGAGUUUCGAUGGAUGUGCUCUGAAGUUCAAAGGGUUUCCAUGGCCCUUAUCCUUUUGGUCAGUCUUAAAACGGGUAUUGCCAUUGUCCAGCAGCCUCUGUGGGUCUUGGUGUCACUCUGCAAUUUUGCAAUGGCCCCAUCCCCUUUGACCCAACACUGAAAAAUGAUGGCUGGUUGUUUCUAAACAAUGUAUGCAUGUGUGAAUGCUAAAUUAAAGAGUGCUGUAAUUGUUUAAAAAAUGGAUUUUUUAGAUGACAUUGUCAGAAUAAUUAUGUAGUUAAACACAAAGCCAUGUUCAAAUUAUUUUGCCUACUGAGCGACUGUAGUUUAAGCAAAAGAUAAAAAAAAUUAUUUUGUAUUCGUUUGUUCAAAGCAUCUUAAUUGUUGGAUUUUUCCUGUGCGAGUGGGAGUUUGUUCUGUAACCUACAGAGUACGACAUGGAGAAUGCAUGAGUGGAGUAGGAUUGGAUGCAAGAUGAGUAUAACUCACUUUAGAAUGGGAGCAGUUGAUGACAGCACAAUCAAUUGGAGACUUUUCCAUACUGUACAAAUGAAGUUUAUUAAAUUAACACUGAAAAGUC